CACCUGAGCAAGAUUCCAGCGAUUCAUCAGGGUGUUGUUCCUGGUACAGGAGAGGAAGUCCAAUAAUUGGUGCUGCAGUCUCUCCUGCUGAAGCAGAGCAUGGAUGAGUCUCUCCAGAAGCUUUUCCUCCAGCCGCUUCGCCUUUAGGACGACAGAUUCCUGUUCAUCCAUCUUUCGUCCAGGUCGCCUAUUCGCUGUGUCUGAUGCAAAAUUCCAUUAAGUGUGUGGUAGUGGGGGAUGGAUAUUAAAGUGCCAUUUCUGAAUGUUUUCUGAUAUGGAAGAGCCAGAGAAAGAAAAGGGCUGUGGGUAAAACAUGUCUGCUCAUCAGCUACACCACCAAUGCCUUCCCAGGAGAAUACAUCCCCACAGUAUUUGAUAAUUUCUCUGCCAGUAUGCUACUGGAUGGGAAACCAGUGUCCCUGGGUCUGUGGGACACAGCAGGACAGGAGGACUACGACAGACUCAGACCUCUGUCCUACCCUCAGACGGUGGGUUUGCAUACGUCUGCAGGAAAGUAACAGACAAACAAAUAAGUUCAUUCUUGAUUUUGCUUCUCAGGAUGUGUUCCUGGUCUGCUUUUCAGUGGUCAGUCCAGCUUCUUUUGAAAACGUCCGAACAAAGUGGAGCGUGGAGCUGAAGCACCACUGCCCCAACACCCCCAUGAUCCUGGUGGGCACCAAGUCCGACCUGAGGGACGACAAGGACAUGAUUGACAAGCUGAACGAGAAAAGCCUCUCUCCCAUCACCCUUCAACAGGCUUUGGCCUUGACCAAGGAAAUAGGUGCGGUAAAAUACCUGGAGUGCUCGGCUCUGACGCAGCGCGGCGUCAAGACCCUGUUUGAUGAAGCCGUCAGGGUGGUGAUGUCUCCGGUGAACGCUCCCAACCAGAAGGUCAAGAAGAAGUGCACCGUGAUAUAGUGAGAUCCACAGAGUCGCUGUCACAAGAAAACACUGUCAAUAAAACCAGCACUUCUCAGACAGUCAGUCUCAAAUACAAAUAUACAAGCAACAACCAAUAAUCUUCCGAAAACCCAAUCACUGCUGGAGCUUUAACUCCAGGUUCCACCUGCUGACCUUUCUCAGAAGACUUGGGAAGGUCUGCAGGGUUCGUGGGCUAUGAGCAAAUCUCAUAAACAGGUUGGUGUAGAGCAUAGGAGAUGCCAAAUGUGACCUUUCACCUUCACUAUCUACCUCCACCCACUAGUCCCUUGAAUAUACAAGGAUACUUUUAGCAGUUUCAUGAAACUGUCAUGUUUUUAUGAGCCUGAAGUGAUCUCUUCUCUUAGAAGUGUCUGGAUAUCUGUCAUAAUAUCUGCAUAUGAAGGAUUAUCUCAUUUUCUUUUCUUAUCAAUAGUAAUUAUCCAUGUUUGGUUAUAAAUUUAAAUAAAGAUUAAUUUAAACUCUGAGGUGUGUUUUUAUUCAGUUGAAUGGUUUCAUGUUUGAACCCUGCAAUAAAAUGUUUCUUCUUUUUUUUUCCUAUUGGCUACAUGUUUCCUCCAGCUGGUUCUGAUUGGCCGAUUAAUCCCCUGUGAUGGCCCCUAAAUGCAGAAGGUCCUGGCUCAGAGCCAACUUAGCUAAAAAUCCUUUGCUCUGUGUGCUCAGAGGGUUUUUGUGGGCAUUGCACGCUUUGCUGCGUUCUUCUGUCCGUCGUUCGUUUCCUGUCGUCGAUCGUGUGACUGGUGUGAUGUGAAAAACGUGUUCCCGUUGCUGUCUUGCGAAAACGUCAUCCCAC